AUGGCUACCCCGCUGCAGCUCAGCAACCCGGCGCAGGAACAGGCUGUCGCUGAUAUCCUCUCGCGGCCUCGCGCAGCCAAUACCGGCCCAUUCGCACAAUUCCUCAACGUAUACGAUACCUUUCAAGAACGGAGAGAGGCAUUGGGCCUCAGCAACCCCGGCACAGUGGAAAACAUUGCCCGCGAGGUCCAGCGCGAUGUCUUUUUGAACAAUUCCAGCUUUUCGGGCCUGCGCGCCGAACUCACAAAGGCAUUCAGCGCUGCCCCGCUCUUCCAGGUUGCCCACUCGUUGUCUAUGGGGUCGCAGGUCAUGCCCCCAUACUCAUACAUGGUUCUUUACGGAUCACCUAGGGUAUUCAUGCAAGGAAACAUUGACAAUGAACUCGCCUUCUCCGGCCGCUUCAACUGGCGCUGGACGUCAGCAUUCGUUUCCAAGGCCGCUGUCCAACUCACUUCUCAGGGCAACAUGGUCUCGCUUGAGAACGACUACACGGGCGCCGAUUUUUCCGCUUCCCUCAAAGCCGUCAACCCCUCGAUACUUGAUGGUGGUGUUACCGGUAUGCUCAUGGGGAGCUACCUUCAGUCCAUUACCUCAAGACUCGCACUCGGCAUUGACGCUUUCUGGACACGCCCCGCCAUGGCAUACCCACCAGAACUCAAUGUUUCGUAUGCAGCGCGCUACAGGACUGAAGACUGGAUGGCCUGUGGCCAGAUUAUCCCUGACCGUGGUGUAUUGGAAGCCUCAUACUGGCGCAAGCUCACAGACAAGGUCGAGACGGGUAUCAACUGCAACUUGGCGUUUGCUGGUAUUGGCCCUGGAGGUCCCAUGGCUGGCCCACAGAAGGAGGGAAAUGUCACAAUCGGUGCCAAAUACGACUUCCGUCAGUCUUCAUUCAGGGCGCAGAUCGACAACCAAGGCAAGGUAGCUUGUCUGCUGGAGAAGAUGAUUGCGCCACCAAUUCGCGUGACCUUUUCAGGCGAGAUCGACCACAAGCAGAAUGCUGCCAAGCUCGGUUUGGCCGUCGCGAUAGAAGCAGCCGACGAGGCUGUCAUGGAGCAGCAAGAACAACAGGGUGCCGCAAUGUCAGCCGGUGCGAUUCCCUUUUAA